UCGUCUUCCUCUUUCAAGAUGUCCGUGUACGGUCCAGCGGUGAAAAUUCACCCUGUUGUUCUUGCUUCCAUCGGCGACUCUUACGAGCGUCGAAAUGAGGGGGCUAGCCGUGUCAUCGGAACAUUAUUAGGCACCAUCGAGAAGCACUCUGUGGAGGUGACCAACUGCUUCUCUGUCCCCCACAAUGAGUCGGAGGAUGAGGUUGCUGUGGACAUGGAGUUCGCCAAGAACAUGUACGAGCUCCACAAGAGGGUGUCGCCCAGCGAGGUCAUCAUUGGAUGGUACGCCACCGGGUUUGACAUCACGGAGCACUCGGUGCUGAUCCAUGAGUACUACAGCCGAGAGGCCACCAACCCAAUCCACCUCACCGUGGACACCGCCCUGCAGAGCGGCAAGAUGAACAUCCGCGCCUACGUCAGCGCUCAGAUGGGCGUGCCAGGCAAGACGGUCGGCGUGAUGUUCACCCCACUGAGUGUGAAAUACAUCUACUACGACACCGAGAGGAUAGGCGUUGACCUCCUGCAGAGGACUCGCGUGACUCCCAGCCGCACCAAGGGCCUGACCUCGGACCUGUCGCAGGUGGGCGGCUCGGCCUCCAGGGUGCAGGACAUGCUCGCCACCGUUCUCACCUACAUUGAGGAUGUGCUGUCUGGCAAGGCGACAGCAGACAACAGCGUGGGCCGCUUCCUGAUGGACCUGAUCAACAAGGUGCCCACCAUCUCGGCAGAGGACUUUGAGACCAUGCUGAACUCCAACAUCAACGACCUGUUGAUGGUGACCUAUUUGUCCAACCUCACCCAAGCUCAAAUCGCCCUGAAUGAGAAGCUGGUGCUUCUGUAAAAGUUGGAAGAAUAACUUUUUUUUUUUGGAAUGGUUAAUAAUUUAAAUUUUGUAUACUUUUUCGUGAUGAGGUAAAUAAAGAUAUUAAACAUC